AAUGAGGAGGGGAAGGUUGUGGGGCCGCCGCCGCCCGAGCCCGAGCUGAGCCUGAGCCCGAGUCGGAGCCCGAGCCUGGGCCCGCGCGCCCGCCUCAGCCGCCGCCUCAGCCGCCUCCUCCGUCGUCUCAGCCGCCUCGGCCGCCUCAGUCGCCUCAGUCGCUGCUGCCGCUGCUGCUGCUGAAGGCGGCGCAGGCUGAGGCGAUGCGGCUCGGAGCGCCCGCCCGCCGCCCGCCCAGCGCCGCCGUGGUCUGCUCCUGAGCCCUCAGCCCCAGGCUCUUCUGUUGCUGCUCCAGAGACCAGCCGGGUCCCCUCUUCACUGCUGCCUGCGCAUGUGCCGGGGGGACCCAGGAGCCCCCGUUCACCAGCACGUCAUCAGCCCUUUCCUGCCCAGGAUCGGGGUGCACGUAGCCACCAUGAGCUCGCAGAGCCACCCAGACGGACUCUCCGGCCGGGACCAGCCAGUGGAGCUCCUGAGCCCUGCCCACAUGGGCCACAUGCCCAGUUCCGUGGACGUGGCGUCGGCGCUGCCCUUGCAGGUGGCCCCCUCGGCUGUGCCCUUGAACCUGCGCCUGGAUCACCCAUUCUCGCUGCCUGUGGCAGAGCCUGGCCUUCGGGAGCAGCAGCUGCAGCAGGAGCUUCUGGCACUGAAGCAGAAGCAGCAACUGCAGCGGCAGAUCCUCAUCGCGGAAUUCCAGCGGCAGCACGAGCAGCUGUCACGGCAGCAUGAGGCCCAGCUGCACGAGCAUAUCAAGCAACAGCAGGAGCUGCUUGCACUGAAGCAUCAGCAGGAGCUGCUUGAGCACCAGCGGAAGCUGGAGCGACACCGCCAGGAGCAGGAGCUGGAGAAGCAACACCGAGAGCAAAAGCUGCAGCAGCUGAAGAACAAGGAGAAAGGCAAAGAGAGUGCCGUGGCCAGCACCGAGGUGAAGAUGAAGCUUCAGGAGUUUGUCCUGAACAAGAAGAAGGCACUGGCCCAGCGGAACCUGAACCACUGCAUCACCAGUGACCCGCGCUACUGGUAUGGGAAGACCCAGCACAGCUCCCUGGACCAGAGCUCCCCGCCACAGAGCGGGGCCUCUGCCUCUUACAACCCCCCAGUUCUGGGCAUGUACGACGCCAAAGACGACUUUCCAUUGCGCAAAACAGCCUCCGAGCCCAACCUGAAACUGCGGUCCCGGCUAAAGCAGAAGGUAGCUGAGAGACGGAGCAGUCCGCUACUGCGCAGGAAGGAUGGGCCCAUAGCCACGGCACUCAAGAAGCGGCCUCUGGAUGUGCCAGACUCAGCCUGCAGCAGCGCCCCUGGCUCAGGACCCAGCUCCCCCAACAACAGCUCGGGCAACGUUAGCUCGGAGAAUGGCAUCACACCUGCCGUGCCCAGUGUUCCAGCUGAGACUGGCCUGGCACAUAGACUGGUCGGGUGUGAGGCAUCUGCAGCCCCCCUGCCACUCUACACGUCGCCCUCCCUGCCCAACAUUACGCUGGGACUGCCUGCCACGGGCCCGUCAGUGGGAACAGCAGGCCAGCAGGAGGUGGAGCGCCUGGCCUUGCCCAGUCUGCCUCAGCGUCUUUCCCUCUUCCCUGCCACGCAUCUGCCCCCCUACCUGGGCACGGCACCUCUGGAACGGGAUGGUGCCCACAACCCUCUCCUGCAGCACAUGGUCCUCCUGGAGCCACCCGCAGGCCUGGGCACACUGCCCCUGCAUGCACAGUCCCUGGUGAGUGCUGAGCGCGUGUCUCCAUCCAUGCACAAGUUGCGGCAGCAUCGGCCACUAGGCCGCACACAGUCGGCGCCACUGCCCCAGAAUGCUCAGGCCCUACAGCAGCUGGUGGUGCAGCAGCAGCAUCAGCACUUCCUGGAGAAGCAGAAGCAGCAUUUUCAGCAGCAGCUGCACCUUAGCAAGAUGAUCUCGAAGCCCACCGAGCCAGCCCGGCAGCCCGAGAGCCACCCUGAGGAGACAGAGGAGGAGCUCCGUGAGCACCAGGUCCUGCCUGAGGAGCCUUACCUGGACCGGCUCGCAGGCCACAAGGAGGCACAUGCUCUAGCUGGGGUGCAGGUGAAGCAGGAGCCCAUCGAGAGUGACGAGGAGGAGGCAGAGCCCCCGCGGGACAUGGAGCCCAGCCAACACCAGGCUAAUGAGCAGGAGCUGCUCUUCAGACAGCAAGCUCUGCUCCUGGAGCAGCAGCGAAUCCACCAGCUGCGGAACUACCAGGCAUCCAUGGAGGCCGCUGGUAUCCCCGUGUCCUUUGGUGGCCACCGGCCUCUGUCCCGAGCACAGUCUUCCCCAGCGUCUGCAACCUUCCCCAUGUCUGUGCAGGAGCCCCCCACGAAGCCGAGGUUCACCACAGGUCUUGUGUAUGACACACUGAUGCUGAAGCACCAGUGUGCCUGCGGGAGCAGCAGCAACCACCCUGAGCACGCAGGCCGCAUCCAGAGCAUCUGGUCCCGGCUGCAGGAGACAGGCCUACGCAGCAAGUGUGAGUGUAUCCGGGGCCGCAAGGCCACUCUGGAGGAGCUGCAGACAGUGCAUUCCGAGGCACACACCCUGCUGUAUGGCACCAACCCUCUCAACCGGCAGAAACUGGACAGUAAGAAACUUCUAGGCUCACUGACCUCCGUGUUUGUCAGACUGCCCUGUGGUGGUGUUGGGGUGGACAGUGACACCAUCUGGAACGAGGUGCACUCGUCUGGUGCUGCCCGCCUGGCUGUGGGAUGCGUCAUCGAGCUCGUCUUCAAGGUGGCCACAGGAGAGUUGAAGAAUGGCUUUGCUGUGGUCCGCCCCCCGGGACAUCAUGCUGAGGAGAGCACCCCCAUGGGCUUCUGCUACUUCAACUCUGUGGCCAUUGCAGCCAAGCUCCUCCAGCAGCGGCUGAGUGUGAGCAAGACACUCAUCGUGGACUGGGAUGUGCACCAUGGUAAUGGCACCCAGCAGGCCUUUUACAGUGACCCCAGUGUGCUGUAUGUGUCUCUGCACCGCUAUGAUGACGGCAACUUCUUCCCAGGCAGUGGCGCACCUGAUGAGGUUGGCACAGGGCCAGGUGUGGGCUUCAACGUGAACAUGGCCUUUACUGGGGGCCUGGAUCCCCCCAUGGGCGAUGCUGAGUACCUGGCGGCCUUCAGGACUGUGGUGAUGCCCAUCGCCAGCGAGUUUGCCCCAGACGUGGUCCUAGUAUCAUCUGGCUUUGAUGCCGUGGAAGGUCACCCCACACCAUUGGGAGGCUACAACCUAUCAGCCAGAUGUUUUGGGUACCUCACGCGGCAGCUGAUGGGCUUGGCUGGUGGCCGCAUAGUGCUGGCCCUAGAGGGUGGACAUGAUCUCACAGCCAUCUGCGACGCCUCAGAAGCAUGUGUGUCAGCUCUGCUGGGGAACGAGCUCGAUCCACUCCCGGAAAAGGUCCUGGAGCAGCGGCCCAACGCCAACGCCGUUCGAUCCAUGGAGAAGGUCAUCGGCAUCCACAGCCAGUACUGGCGCUCCCUGCAGCGUCUCUCCUCCACGGCGGGCUACACACUGCUUGAGGCGCAGAAGUGCGAGAACGAGGAGGCCGAGACGGUGACGGCCAUGGCAUCGUUGUCCGUGGGCGUGACGUCUGCUGAGAAGCGGAUGGACGAGGAGCCCAUGGAGCAGGAGCCACCCUUGUAGCCUGCAGCCUCAGCCAGUCUCGUGUCUGUCUGUCUUGAAGCUCAGCCAAGAAGACGCGGCCCUGCGUUCGGCCGGCCCUGAUGGGAAGCGGCUCAGGGAGCCCCUUCUGCCGUCCAGCCCUUGGGGCCCCAGAUGGACACCGCCCCAGGAUGAGUGGACACACGGACUCGGGGAAGCAGUGCCCCAGUUCCCAGGCUGUGGGGUUAGAAGCCCACGACAGCUUGGCUUGUGUGUCUUCUGCUUGGGUUGACACCGGAAAACUCGACCCAAGCCCCGAUAUCACAAACCCACUUGAUCCAACUGGUGCUGGACGUUUGCUCCUACCCACGUCUCUGUGUGGACCCUCGACGCGGCUUGUAGCUUCUUUUCUUGCGAAGACGGCGUUGGCUCUGUCCUCUGCAGUAGACCUGGCUGUGGGCACAGGGUGAGCAACGGUAGGGAUUGCCCUGCAGAAAGACUGGGCGGAAAUGGGGGUGCCACGGGCACCCCAGAAGCCAUGGGGAGAUGCGAGUUUGUGCCUUUCUUUUAUUGCUCGGAUGGACGUGGGGCUGGGUUUUCUGAAGUCUGAGGAACGAUGCCUUAAAGAAAAAUCAGCGGUAGGAAUGGGGGACGGGGGGGCCAACCCCCAGUUCUGCCUUCUUGCUGUUUGGGGGAACAGAGGUGGCUCUAGCCAAGUGGCAGAUACCAUGGGGGCAUUCAGGUCACCCCAUUUUCAACAAAUCCAAAGUGUUCUUUUUCCCCCGUCAGCUGACGCCCACUGGUGUGGUGAAGCAUGUCCAGACACACUCAGUGUCGUCGACCGGAAUGCUUUUUAUGAAAAGCAAGUAGCAUGAAGUAUUGCUUAAAUUUUAGGUAUAAAUAAAUAUAUAUAUGUAUAAUAUAGAUUCCAAUGUAUUCCAAGCUAAGAAACUUGAUUCUUAUGAAAUCUUGAUAAAAUAUUUAUAAUGCAUUUAUAGAAAAAGUAUAUAUAUAUAAAUAUAUAUAUCUAAUAAAUGCAGAUGGCAAAGGUCCCCGAUGAACGAAUGACUUGUGGAUUCGAUACAAAGGUGCUUUGGGAAAGGGGCCUUAUGUGGGCUCGAACCCGUGGGGCCCAGGUCAAAGAGCUUUCAGAGCCUCCCACCCCGGGAUCUGUGCUCAGAUUUGAAUUAUUUCCUCACGGCCCUUCCCACUCCGAGCCUCAUGCACAAUAUGUUACUGAGUUUUUCUAGCCACGAGUCUCCAUCUGCUGUUGGUUUUUUGUAUGACUUUUUCACAAAGGGCCACGGUCCGCAUUAUUUUGUGAGUUUCACAUUUGUUCUCUCCGCCAAGCGGUUUUUCUGGGUGGAACCUUGUCGUGCCCUCUUUUCUUCUGAAUUCUCACUUGGAUACUUGGUUUUUUACUUUCAUCUGUGUUUUUGAUUACCCUGGUUGUCGUUCUGUUUUGUACAGUGACCCGUUCCGCGCGGGGAGUGUGGCUGCAGGGCCCCUGACCCCCACCACCACCGCUGGUGCUUUCGGGUCUUGUGUUCAAAUUUCACUGGCCAUACUGUUGUGGGGAGAAUUUUGACGAGUUUUCCAAAGACCUUUUUCACACACCAGUGAGGCGUGGGGCUGUCCCAGUUUCCCACAGUGAUUCCCCUGCCCCCCUUUAGCCUGGCCCCUGGGUGCAGCUUGCAGCACCCCGGAAAGGGAGCCCCGAUUUUGUGGCACCCACCAGCCAGGUAGACCCUGAGCAGGCCCGCCCGCCUUUGCUGUUCCAAGGGCCACUGACUCUUUUUCUUGCUUCCUUGUUUUCUAUCACAGGAAGCCCCUGACUGCCUCCCCUCAGGCACGACUGGCCUUGGGGCCCACAGGGCUGUCACUUUGGUGACAGGCAUUUUGAACCCCAUGCAUGCAGCUCUGGGGUGUCCCAGAAAGGCCUGGACUUGCCCUAUAUUCUUCUCCUUCCUGGCCACAUGCUCUGAACCCCAGGCACCACUUCCAGAGUCCUUUUUUAGGGGCUCCCCACACCCACAUCUGCAUGGCUCCAGGAGGGGGGCCAGCCUAGCCAUCUGGUGGCCCCUUGAGCUUCGGGCAGUGGAGGCCUGGUUGUGUGGCCUUUGCACUGAGUACAUGCUGGGCUGGGUCUGACGCGUCCCCUGUCCCCUCUCGGCAUGUGGUCCUGGCUUCUCUGGUGGCAGGUGGGCAUCAAGGCAGCACUUUAUUCCCUUUGCAGCAAUCCCUGCGGUGACCCAGCAGGAGGCCGGCCUGGCACCUGCCAGUGUUUCUGAUUUUCCUGUUUUCUUUCCUGGAGAGUCGCGCUGUGGUGCUUGCAGGGGCGCCCGCUGCAGCCAGCACGUGCUCUUCCCUGCCCUGCCGUGCUCACUCCGUUCUUUUUUGAACGCAGAGAACCUGGACCUCUGUGUUUUCGGGCGUUGAUACACAUAGAAAUCUCUAUAUAAAUACACACGAAUCUAUUUUUUUAAGUUUCCUACUCCUGAAGUUGCAUGGGCGACCACGCAUGUCUCUCUAUCUAGACAGUUUUGCACGCCUCUCUCGGCAGCUCGGGAAAGAAUAAAUGCCUUUUGUCCCCUUCUCCCGACAUUUGCAGACGCAAAAGGUGGAGAUUUUUUUCUGUAAAGCAAAACGCUGGGGAAGGAGCGAAUGGGAGGGGGAGCGUUUGUGUCUUUACUGAAUUUAACUCUUGAGAAAUUGUACUUUUUAUUGUAAGGAAAAUAAAAAGGACUACUUAAAACAUUUGUCCUAUUAAGAAAAAAAGUUUAUCUAGCUUUUGUGACUACGAUCAUAGUUUAUUGUAUUUCUGUGGAACCCGUGCUUGUGGGGGCUCUGGGGGCUCCAUGCCAGACAAGUGUCAUUGUUUGUCACCCUCACAGUGCUGUGACCCGGAUUCCACGCCCCACCCCCAGCCCCCUGGGCCACGCUGACUUUCUCUUUUUCAGCCACGGGGUGGGCCAGGAUUCACUCUGCCUCUCAGCAGGCAGUCUGCGGUACCGCGGUUUAAAAAGCAGACUUUUCACUGAACGAAACCAUUUCCUCCUUGUAAUGAAGCAAGCUGGUGCCCAGCCCAGCCCUUGUUGUCUCUGACCUGAUUAAAAGUCUCCUAUUGAAAGAAAAA